AUAGUAAGUUGACUGAGUAAAAGUUUAAAGUCAAAUUACUAAACUUGAAGCUUAUAAACUUAGCAAUGAAAUGAGUAGAAGUUGUAAUGGCAUUAUUAUUACUAUUAUUAUUAUUAUAUAUUUAGGAAAAUGGUUGUGGCCCCCACAUAGUUGUGUUGCGAGAUUUCAGUCACAUCCAUGUUUGUCGGAAACUGUCUAAAGAGAAGAGAUUGGAAGAAGAAAUCAUAAUGUCAUAUGUAUUGCCUUCCUCCAUAUGGCUUCUUCUUCUUCGAACCGUCGCUAUACUUUAACUAUUUUCCUUGUCCUUUGUUUCCUUUCAAGUCUCCUUUUUUUCACCAGAAGAACUCUUGAACCUAAAAUAUCUCUUUACACAUACAGCCUACUUUCUUCUCAAACCCCUCUACUCCUUUCUCCAAGAUCUGAUGAAAAUGAGACACCCAUUGAGGACACCAGAGGACUAGAAUCUUCUACUGAGAUACCCAUUUUGCCAAAAUCUGAUUUUGAUGAUAGUUUGCUUCAGAAAGUUACACCAAGUUCAUCAGAUACCAAAGGACUUGAGACCACACCUACUUUGUCAAAAUCUGAUCUUGAUGAUAGUUUGUAUCACAACAUAACACCUAUUUCAUCAGCUCUUGGGGAUGAUAAUUUAGUUGAGAAAAACACAAGGCCCAUUUUGGUUGACCCUGAUUUGAAAGGACAAGGAGAGGUACAAAGUUGUGAUCUUUACAAGGGAAGUUGGGUGAAAGAUGAGGAGGAGAACCAUCCAAUUUAUAAACCAGGUUCUUGCCCUUAUGUUGAUGAGGCUUUUGAUUGCCAGACUAAUGGUAGGCCUGACUCUGACUAUCUUAAAUGGACAUGGAAGCCACAUGGAUGUCAUCUUCCAAGGUUUAGUGCAUCAGAUUUUUUGGAGAGAUUGAAAGGAAAGAGGCUGAUGCUGGUUGGAGACUCAAUGAACCGGAACCAGUUUGAAUCUCUCCUUUGCCUUCUUCGUGAAGGCCUCGCUAAUAAGAGUAAAAUGUACGAGAUCCAUGGAUAUAAGAUAACAAAAGGAAGAGGCUACUAUGUUUUCAAAUUUGAGGAUUAUAACUGCACAGUUGAAUUCGUGCGCUCACACUUCCUUGUUAGAGAAGGAGUACGUAUCAAUCCUCAAGGAAGCUCAAAUCCAACUCUAUCAAUAGAUCGCAUCGACAAAACAUCUAAGCGUUGGAAAGGAGCUGACAUUCUUAUCUUCAAUACGGGGCAUUGGUGGACUCACGGAAAGACUGCCAGGGGGAAAAAUUAUUAUAAAGAAGGUGACCAUAUAUACCCUAAAUUUGAUGCCGUUGAAGCUUAUAGGAGAGCAUUGAAGACCUGGGCUAAGUGGAUUGAUGAAAAUAUGAGUCGUGAAAAGUUGAUUAUAUAUCGUGGCUACUCUUCAGCUCACUACAGAGGCGGAGAUUGGGAUUCAGGUGGAAGUUGUCGUAAAGAGACUGAACCUGUUUCGACUGGGGCCAUCCUUGGAAACUACCCUUUGAAAAUGAAGAUAGUGGAGGAGGUGAUUAAGGAAAUGCAGCGGCCUGUAGUCCUUUUAAACGUAACACAGUCGACAAAUUUCCGCAAGGAUGGGCACCCAUCAGUGUAUGGGAAGGUUGCUAAUUCUGGUAGAAGGGCGAAGCAAGAUUGUAGCCACUGGUGUCUACCCGGAGUCCCCGAUGCAUGGAAUGAGCUAAUCUAUGCCAUUUUGGUCUUGCAACAAUGACCUUGUUUCAUUCUCUGAUAAGUAAGGAUUUGACGCCAAAACUCCUCCAAAGGGGACACCGCAUAGCGUUCUUUACUCUUGUUUUUUUUCUUUUUCAAACCUGUUUUGGAAAACGUUCUUAUUGAGCCGAGGGUCAAUCGCAAAUCUCUUUACCCCACAAAGGUAGGGGUAAGGUUUGCGUACACCUGAUCCUUCCCAUACACCACAAGAUUUCACCGGGUUGUUGUUCAAUAGAUGCACAUAUAGAAGAGGCUGGUUAUACAAUAUGUGCGCCAAAUGUAGCAGUGCCCUGUAAAAGUGUAACAUUGUAAAAUGAGAUGAAUAUAGUUAUGGCCAUUUUGAAGUUGGCAUCGUUUCAGUUUCUGUACCAAAAAUAGGCAGUAAUAUAUUAUUCUUAUUUCCAGGAUCCAUUGGUUACAUGAUGCAAUUUGUGCAA